AAGGAAAGGAGCGUCAACCCCAAGGCCAGGUGUGUGGGGGGCAGUGAACGCAGUGACUGCAGUUCUGUCCUAUCACAGUGCGUUUGGAAGGGGAGGUAUUCCGUGGACAUGAAGCCCUGUCAUGUUCCUUUAGCCCUCCUUCCCCAGAAGAAAGCCUGGCGAGGCUGCUCUGGCGCUCUGUGCGGUGUAUCUUCUAAGAACAGCCACACGUGAGGCCGGCCCGCCCGCCCUCACGGCCACCUUCCUACCGGUGAGCGGUGGCACUGAGGGGAUCUUCCAGCACGCUCAGCCUUUGGCACGUGAUAACCCAUAGGAUGGCCCCUGGGGCUGUGAGUGGCCGACACACCUGGACGGUGGCCGAGAAUCUGCUGUGUGGGAUAGACCCUCUCCGACUCCGUCCGCCCCUUCCAAGCCACACACACUUCGGGCCUUUGGGGUUUGCUCUGAGUUCGGGGGAGACGCAGAGGACGCAGAGGAGGCCAUUUCAGAUCCCAGCGCUGUGUCCUUCACAGAUGGCAAGGGCUGGGCUGGCGGCCGAGAGCCCUCCUCUCCCGCCGGGUCAGGGGCGGCUGGUUUUCCCCCUUCGCAGGUGUCUGUGCUCAGCGUCCUCGGUGCCUCGCCUGGCAGUCGUUGAAUGGAAAGGAGGCGGGCAGGCGGAUCGGGCCUUCGUGGACCGGUUCGGGUUUGCCGAGGUGACGUGCUGCGGGUACCUUCCCCAGGUCAAUGACUGGCAGGAGGACUGGGUCACCUUCUACGCCCGGCAGCGCAUUCAGCCCCAGAUGGACAUGGUGGAGAAGGGGUCUGGGGACCGGGAGGCCCUGGAGCUCUGGUCUGCUCUGCAGCUGAAGAUCCCUGACCUGUUCCGUGGCCUGGACAUCGUGCCAGCCCUGCUCCACGGGGACCUCUGGGCAGGAAACGCAGCAGAGGACUCCUCCGGGCCCAUCAUUUUCGACCCGGCUUCCUUCUAUGGCCACUCGGAGUACGAGCUGGCGAUAGUCGGCAUGUUUGGGGGCUUCACUUCCUCCUUCUACUCUGCCUACCACAGCGCGAUCCCCAAGGCCCCGGGGUUCGAGGCUCGCCUGCAGCUGUACCAGCUCUUCCACUAUUUGAACCACUGGAAUCACUUCGGAUCAGGGUAUAGAGGGUCCUCCCUGAGUAUCAUGAGAAAUCUCAUCAAAUGAGAUCUGACUGCGCUGCACCAGGUCCUUGCCAGACACCUGUGGCCGGUGCCUCCUGUCCCCACGCCCUCUUCCUCCUGCCUGCCUCCCCGAAUCUUGACUAAAUUCCCAAGCCCUGUAGAGAAUGAGAGAGAAAGGUUUCGUCCUGUGGAGGUUGUACAUUCCAUUAGAUGUCAUUGCUGGGUAAAACGUCACCAGAAAUUCGGUGUGACCAGAGGGACCCAUGGAGUGUGGGCUGAGUCGAAAACACGGCUGCCCUGCAGCCCGAGGAGGGAAGCAGCCGGUGUGCGAGGCGCUGCUGAGGAGACUUUCCCCGGGCUCCUGCCUCAUCUCCAGGAGCAACUCUGAUGUUCAGGGAGAUGCUUCUCCGGGAGUUAGUCUUGGGUGUAGACUUGAAACCCUACUGAGGAUAUCUUCUAGCGACUAGUUUCAAAGCCUUUCUUUCUGUGCCCCUCUGUGCCUUGCCGCAGGCUGGCAGGUCUGGACGCUGAUUCCGGGAGUGACCUAGCUGCUGGUCUUGGGUAAAUUUAGGAGCUUCUGAGUCCCUCCUGUUAGCCCCCAUCUUGUCUGCGUUUUAAAGCUUGCAGAGUUGUUCCUUUGCAUAAAAAAGUGCUAAACAAGUGGCUCUUCCUUCCUCAGUCUUGCCUUGAUGGGGAAUAUUCAUGAAUGGCAUUGAUGCUAAUCCUUUUGCAUACAAAUUUGAAUGGACUUUCAGUGGUUUCCUUUAUUUGCGUUGUAAGUCAAUGUUUGUCUUAGUUGUUUGCUGAGAAACCUUUGUAAUGUUUUGUGAUAAUAAAUAGGCACAACUGUUUGCUUUUUU